AAGAUCUCAAACAAAGACCUUUUAAGUUUUCCCUGAUGGAGUUUUAUUUGAUGUAAAAACUGCAACUGAAAAACUCUCUCCGGCUUCAUGUAUCUUUUAUAUUACAUGUAGACCCAGGUUGGAUAUCUUUCUCUUUUUUUCCUCCUAUUUUUUACGAUGAAAAUGGCUCCUUCUCGGACAAGCGGACCUCGGGCGCUGUUGGCAGCUUUGAGUCUCCUCAGCUGCUGUAGCUUGGGCUCGUGUGAGGCCUCAAGGACUAGUGGUUCAACACCAGCAGGGAAUAGACAGGAGCAAGAUCCCUCGUUGCCGGAGCGAGUCAAGAGGGGCUGGGUGUGGAAUCAGUUCUUCGUGGUGGAGGAGUACACCGGCACGGAGCCACUAUACGUUGGCAAGAUCCAUACAGACUCAGAUGACGGGGACGGCAACAUCAAGUACACCAUCUCCGGAGAAGGGGCAGGCACCAUCUUCAUCAUCGAUGAGCAAACGGGAGACAUCCAUGCCACCGAGAGACUGGACCGCGAGCAGAAGGCUUUCUACACACUGAGGGCUCAGGCCCGGGACGAGCUCUCCAGCGACCCUCUGGAACCCGAGUCCGAGUUUGUCAUCAAGGUCCAGGACAUAAACGACAGUGAGCCCAAGUUCACGGAGGGUCCCUACAUCGGCAGCGUGGCGGAGCUGUCACCCAUAGGAACAUCUGUUAUGAAGGUUACUGCAUCGGAUGCCGACGACCCUGCAUACGGGAGCAGUGCCAGAGUGGUGUACAGCGUGCUGGAUGGAGAGAAGUUCUUUGCUGUUGAUAGACAAACGGGGCUCAUCACGACGGCGGUGGCAGAUCUGGAUCGCGAGACGCAGGACCGGUAUGAGCUGGUCGUCAAGGCAACGGACAUGGCCGGACAAAUGGGCGGACUCUCCGGCUCCACCACGGUGACCAUCGUGAUCACAGAUGUUAAUGACAACCCGCCGCGCUUCCCGCAGAAGAUGUACCAGUUUUCUGUGUCGGAGGGGGCGGCUCUGGGGACACCGGUUGGACGCAUCAUAGCCACGGACGCGGACAUGGGAGAUAACACAGACAUGAGCUACCUGAUCAUAGAGGGAGGUGAUCUCUUCAAGGUCACCACUGAUGUGGAGACCCAGGAAGCUGUUGUCUCCAUCAAGAAGCAACUGGACUUUGAGAGCAAGCGCACACACAAUGUGGUGGUGGAGGCGGUAAACAAGCACGUUGACCCCCGCUUCGUGGACCUGGGCACCUUCCGGGACCAGACCAUCGUGCGGGUCAGUGUGUCGGACAUCGAUGAGCCGCCCAUCUUUCAGCCUGCAGAGGGCACUAUCAUGGAGGUGCAGGAGGAUGCCAAAGUAGGCGCACUGGUCGGCGUCGUCACUGCCAGAGAUCCGGAUGUGAAGGAUACACCCGUCAGGUUCUCCAUCGAUCGGACCACAGACCAGGAGAUGAUCUUCCAUAUUGAUCCGGACUCGGGGGCCCUCACACUGGGCAAGAUUCUGGACAGGGAGACGGCAGGCUGGCACAAUAUCACUGUGAAGGCUGUGGAAGCAGAUAACCACACCAUGGCCUCCCACUCGGCAGUGAGCAUUCGGAUCCUGGACGUCAACGACAAUCCUCCCGAGCUGGCCACACCAUACGAGGCCUCGAUAUGUGAGGACGCCAAACCGGGACAGCUAAUUCACACCAUCAGUGUGACGGAUAGAGACGAGCCACAGGCCGGACAUCGCUUCUUCUUCACCCUGGCGCCCGAGGCUGCCAGCAAUCGACACUUCACCCUGUGGGAUGUUAAAGACAACACAGCAGGCAUCCGGACCCAGCGGUCGGGCUUCAACCGCCACGAGCAGAAUGUGUACUUCCUGCCCAUCCUGGUGGUGGACAGCGGGCCGCCCUCCCUGAGCUCCACGGGCACCCUGACCAUCCACGUCUGCGGCUGCGACACUGAGGGAGCCAUCCAGUCCUGCAAUGCCACAGCCUAUGUAAUGAGUGCUGCUCUCAGCCCUGGGGCGCUUAUAGCACUGCUGGUCUGCAUGCUCAUCCUCAUAGUUCUCGUCCUGCUGAUCCUGACCCUGAAACGCCACAGGAAGGGCCAGAGGAUGGCGGAGGACGAGGAGGACAUGAGGGAUAACGUCAUCAAGUACAAUGACGAGGGCGGAGGGGAGCAGGACACUCAGGCGUACGACAUGAGCGCCCUGAGGAACCUCUACGACUUCCCGGAGGCCAAGAGCUGUGACUCCGGCCCGGACAUUCGCUCACUGCCGCAGUGGAUACAGGCGAGUCGAGCAACCGGGGGUGCAGAGGGAACAGCGGCGGCGGCGGCUGCGGCGGCGGCAGACUUCUCCCUAUUCAAAGGCUACAUCCGUAAGAAGGUGGAGGCGGCCGACGCUGACCUGUCGGUCCCGCCGUACGACUCCUUCCAGACGUACGCCUUCGAGGGCUCCAGUUCCCCGGCGCUGUCGCUCAGCUCCAUCCACACGCUGUCCACCACCUCGGAGCAGGAUUUCUCCUACCUCAGCGAGUGGGGGCCGCGCUUCAGGCAACUGGCGGGCUACUACGCCCCGGGAAACCCAGAGGAGGAAGGAUCCUAGCACAGCUCCUCCUCUGCAGAGAGACAUUCAAACUCCCUCUCCUCGUCCUUCUUCCUCCUUCUUCUCCUUCUCUGCCUCCUCUUCUCACCCUCUGGCCCUCUUUGGAGAUCAUCAGAGCCAGCACUGUGUACUCCUUGAAACAGAGCACAGCUUCUUUAUCUCUUUGAAAGAAAGUUCCCCGGCGUCAAAGUUUGAACUCGAGAUUUUUUCAACAUGAAAAGCUCUGGCGAUGUUUUGAGAGAGGAGGAACAAAAGAGAGACGCCCACAUUGAGUCACGUGUGAAGGGACGACUUCUUGUCUCUCCCUAACCGUAAAUGAAAAUCCUUAUUUUAAGCUAUGAGACUGUUUUCAGAAUUCAGAGAGAAAAAGAAAAAAAAAAAAACGUCAAGGCAAACUGUCUGAGAAACAAGUAUUUAUUUAAGGAGGAAAUAUUUAUGUAUUUAUUUGUUUGUAUGUAUUUAUUUAUUUAUUUUACAUCAUUAUUGCCGUCGUGAAAAACUGAGACCCCGAACUCUGCCGAAGUGCUGAAGACACCGGGGAAACGAGGAGAACGACAGACACGACACGGCAGAGGACUCGACACAAUGCCGGUGCAGAGACGGCGACCGGGUCAUAUCAAAAUUACAGUCUGGAAAAUAUUUGUAUUUAUUUUCUAUGACCGCUUUUGUAAAAUAACCGAUUUAAGAGGAGAAAAAUAAAUGGCCAACAGAAAGAGGGAAAAGGACGCUUUGAAAGAAAACUCUGAGAGCAGCCAGUUCACUCUGAACGCUUGAGCCUGACAUACUUUUUUGCCGUAUUUAAGUGAUUUAUUAUGGGGGGGGGGGUUGUUUGAAGGUCACAAAAACUGAAGACAAUUGUGUGUCAACAAUUUCUUUUUCUUAUCCCGUUCCCAGCCAGUUGUAAGGCAAUAAGGCACAACCCGCAGCAGUGAUUUAAGACUAAUCAAAAUGACUGUUUCCUGGAAUUGGCUGGUGGCCGCCUUCGUCCCACAGGGAGCCAAUCUUCAUUUCCAGAAAUUGUGUGUGAAUUUGUUCAAUAUGUUCCGUUAAUUUUAUAUCCUGAGACGUUUUGUUAUGCUUUUGAUAUUUUGUUUCCUUUUUUUUG